AGAUUUUGUCGGAAAGCCUCUUUGCUAGUGCAAUGUCGGAAUCUUCAUAUUAGCCUGAUUCAAGAAAAGGCCAAGACAGGAGCAGAGCAUAUAUGGCUGAGCAGGCAGAAGAGGGAUCCCUAUGUAAAAGCGGCUCGAGAACAAAAUUACCGCUGCCGCAGCGCUUACAAGCUCCUCGAAAUUGACACAGAGCUAAAAAUCUUGAAGCCUGGACUUCAUGUGAUUGACUGUGGUGCUGCUCCUGGGGCCUGGAGCCAGGUUCUUAUUGAGAAAGUCAAUUCCCUGGGACAAGUAUUAGGUGUGGAUCUUCUUCACAUAUCUCCCCUGCAUGGAGCAGUGUUUCUCUCUAAAUGUGACCUUACAGACCCCUGCACACACCAGAAAAUACUCAGCCUUCUCCCGUCUGGCAAAGCAGAUGCCAUAUUGAGCGACAUGGCUCCCAAUGCCAGUGGGAUCAGAGAUCUGGAUCACCACAUACUAGCCAGCAUGUGUCUGUCUCUUCUGGACUUGGCAGCCAUUGUUCUGCGACCCGGGGGGACUUUUCUGUGCAAAGUCUGGGAUGGCAGGGAAAUCAAUCGAAUAAGAGACAGACUGCGACAAAGAUUUCAGCAUGUCAAGACUGUAAAGCCGAAAGCUAGCAGAAUGGACUCUUCUGAGUUAUAUUUGCUGGCAAAAUCAUACAAAGAAAACCAAUCUGCAUACACAGUUAAUUCUUUAUAA